CUCCAGCGGCCUCCAGGACAGGCAGCACAGGGCCAAGACUCAGAGAAGGCAGAGGUCGCUGCACCCCCCGAGCCCUGGUUUCCUUGCCUGCGGAGCAGGGGUCACCCUCGGAUGGAUGAGCGCGGAGCAGACAGGCCGAACGGGCCCCGGUCUCCUCUCCCCGGGGUUGCCCUUGGGCUCCUUCCUCCUGCCCCUCCCCUCACCCACUUUUCCGCUUGCCUUCCAGGGGGCUGCGGAGUUGCUGUGGGCUACCCCCUGGACACGGUGAAGGUCAGGAUCCAGACGGAGCCCAAGUUCACGGGCAUCUGGCAUUGCAUCCAGGAUACAUAUCGCCGGGAGCGGGUGUGGGGCUUCUACCGGGGCCUCUCACUGCCCGUGUGCACGGUGUCCCUGGUCUCGUCCGUGUCCUUUGGCACCUACUGCCACUGCCUGGCGUACAUAUGCCGCUUCCGGUAUGGCAGCGCUGACGCCAAGCCCACUAAGGCUGACAUCACGCUCUCGGGAUUCGCCUCCGGCCUUGUCCGUGUGUUCCUUACCUCGCCCACCGAGGUGGCCAAGAUCCGCCUGCAGACGCAGAUGCAGACGCAGCUCCAGCAGCGGCGGCCCUCAGCCUCGUGGCCUGUAGCCGGGCUCCCUGUGUGUCCAGCGUCCCCUGCAAGCCCACGGCCUGGGCCCAGAUACCGCGGGCCACUACACUGCCUGGCCACGGUGGCCCGCGAGGAGGGGCUGCGCGGCCUCUACAAGGGCAGCUCGGCCCUGCUCUUCCGGGACGGCCACUCCUUUGCCACCUACUUCCUCUCCUACGCCAUCCUCUCUGAGUGGCUCACCCCCGCGGGCCACAGCCGGCCAGCUGUCUCGGGUGUGCUGGUGGCCGGUGGCUGUGCAGGGGUCCUGGCCUGGGCCGUGGCCACCCCCAUGGACGUGAUCAAGUCGCGCCUGCAGGCGGAUGGGCAGGGCCGGCAGCGCUACCGGGGCCUCCUGCACUGCCUGGUGAGCAGCGUGCGCGAGGAGGGGCCGCGGGUGCUCUUCAAGGGGCUGACUCUGAACUGCUGCCGCGCCUUCCCGGUCAACAUGGUGGUCUUCGUCACCUACGAGGCUGCGCUGAGGCUCACCCGGGGCUGCUAACCUAGCUGGUCCCCACGCCCCAACCCACCGGCAGCUGCCAGAGGUCCUGGUGGCUGGAGGAGGCAGACGGGAGUGUUGGGGUCUGGGCCCUCCUAGAGCGGUCACCCAGGACAGGGGGAGCCUCCCCACGUGGUUCAGUGAGGCCUGAGCUGGACCGGCCCGCUACAGACUGCAAGAAGACCAGGGCCCUCGGCUGUCAAGCCCGGGUGGGCCAAGGGUCACUCGAGCCGCAGCGCAGCGGGCCCCUUCGGUGAGGACAGUGCCCUGCGGAGAGUUCGUGCUUUUGCUCAGUUCAUUCCAGCUCCCCUCGCCCCUCCCGCCGCAUCCGUCUCCAGGGCACCCUGGCUUCCUCACCUCUGUCCAUUACUCAGUUGUCGGCUCCGCUGCCCCCACAACCCGCACCCCUCCGCUCUCACUGUGCCCUGCUGCUGCUCUGGCACCCUGCCCUUAGGACAGACACAGCUCAUCUCCAGACGGGACCCGCAUGCAGCGAGGCUGAACCCUCGUGACUGGUCCAGGCCCUGCUCAUUCCGGCCCCAGGCUGCUCAGAGGGCACCGCCGGACACCCAGGGCCGCCCGGUACGAGCGGACAGCCUCACUGCCCGCAGGCCCCAGAGGUGGAGUGGGGGAGCCUGGCCAAUAAAAUGUUUCUGAGGCUGCUGUGGCUGCUCUGUGGUCGGGGGUGGUGACUGGUUCCCACAUCGCCACGCUGGGGCAGAGAGUGCCCUCUGGCCAGCCAGUGCUUGGGUGCUCAUCCCCUGCCUUCGGGUGGUGGGCCUGGCUUGGGUGUUGAACUGGCACACAGCUGGCACCCCCACCCCAACAUGACCCCUUUAGAAAUAGGGCAGGGAGGGGGGCCAGAGCUGGUCUGCCCACUGCACACGGCAGCUCUGCAGGCCAGGCUGCUCUGGAAGCUUCCCUCAGGAUCAAGGGUGGCCCCCGAGGGUGCCGCAUCUGUGUG